GCACUCAACGCUUUCGUGUUGACGAAAGUCGGUGGCGGCAGCCAUUGUAGAUGUUGUCAUCGGCUAGAAUUGUGCUUUGACGAUCCUUCCUUCUGUUUGUUCGUUUUGUUCGUUUGUGUUGGGUUUACAUGUUAAUUGUCACUGUUUACUCCUGACUAUGAGUUGGAGGGUGAUUGCUAGCUCUUGGAAUUGCCUGGAAGAAUGGAGGCGGUGCAUACCCCUCUGGGGAUCAAGACAUGGGGAUUCAGAAUGAUAGAACUCAGGUCCCUAAUGAUAAUUAUCUAGAAGAUGAGUGGGUGAAGGAAAUGGUGAGGGCGUGUUAUGAAGAUGGUAUCCUUCCAACGAAUAUCGAUGGAGGCACCAUGAAGGUGAAUGGUAGAGAAGUCGCCUUUGUGCUGAACAGAUCGAUCGAUGAGCUAAAGGUGAAGUGGCUAAAAUCCAGGACAGUCACGGUGAUAUUUCGAGACGGAGCAAGAUUCCUUCCGCGAAGGGUGAAAGAAAACGUCAUUCAUGCCUAUGAAGAUGGUUGGAUAAGGGACGACGCCUUUGGAGCCGACUUCAAGCGUGGCAGGAUUAAGGUAGAGUCUCCGAAUGUUGCCUCGUACAUCCCUAGGGCACAAGAAGUCACCGACUGGAUGCUGGCAAAGAAGACAAACUUCAUCGAUUUGGUGGGUACUACCUACCGAACUGACUUCAAACCGUGGAUGACCAGGGCGGAAGUAAGAGAUUGGAGGAAGACAAUCGAUGAGUCGUGGCGGUUGGGGUUCCUCUGGAUGAGAUGGUCUUCUUGCGGAAUCACAUGUGGAGGGGCUGACUUGACAAGACGCAUACUCUUCUUCUCGAGAAUACCAGAGACCAUGUCACCUUGUCCUCGGGUGAUUGCCUCUGCUCCUGGCAAAGUGCUGGUUACAGGUGCUUACUUGAUUUUGGAGAGGCCCAAUGCAGGCCUGGUGCUGUCCACGUCGGCACGGUUCUUUGCCGUCUCGGAAUUUCUGAAUGAUGCUGCAUAUCAGCAGAUUGGGGAGGUAUUGGCAGGAGGCAGAGGUGGUGGCAAAGAGGAGGAGAGCACAGGAGUUGUGGUCCUAUCGCCGCAGUUGGACAUGGAGUUUCGAUACUCCCUGAACCUCCACACAUAUCAGUUGAUGAUGAUGACGACGACAAUGAAUUCUAAUUACAGCUGCAGUGCAGGCAAUCCUUAUGUGGAGUAUGCAAUCCAAUAUGCUGUUGCUGUGGCAAAGUUGUUAAGGAGGCAAGAGGAUCAGGCAAAUCUGUUAUGCCAAGCUGAUCGUGAUGAAGUCCAUGAAGCCUCCGAUGACGUCCACGAUGAGAAGUCCGGAAUGCCGUCGAGGAAGAGCCGCAGCGUCGACGAGCUGAAGUAGCAAAACAAAUGUGGAUGGAGUAC